UUUAGUCUUGCUGGAUCUCCGUCCAAUAGCAUAACGACUUUUAAAAUUACGUCAGCAAGCAACAAGAAGUUUCCAAAAUGGUGCUGGAAAGUACGAUGGUCUGUGUGGACAACAGUGAAUACAUGCGGAACGGAGACUUCCUACCGACCAGACUACAGGCUCAGCAGGACGCGGUCAACAUCGUCUGUCACUCCAAGACCCGCAGCAACCCCGAGAACAAUGUCGGCCUCAUGACCAUGGCGAACAACUGCGAGGUCCUGACCACUCUGACCCCGGACAGCGGACGCAUCCUGUCCAAACUGCACGCCGUUCAGCCCAAAGGGAACAUCUGCUUCUGCACGGGCAUCAGGGUCGCUCACUUGGCUCUGAAACACAGACAAGGAAAGAACCACAAAAUGAGGAUCAUAGCGUUUGUUGGGAGUCCUGUGGAGGAUAAUGAAAAAGAUCUGGUCAAGUUGGCGAAGCGCCUAAAAAAAGAAAAAGUGAACGUGGAUAUCAUCAACUUUGGAGAGGAGGAGGUGAACACGGAGAAGCUGACCGCUUUCAUCAACACUCUGAACGGGAAGGAGGGGACGGGCUCCCACCUGGUCACGGUUCCCCCGGGGCCCAGUCUGGCAGACGCUCUGCUCUCCUCCCCCAUCCUGGCGGGUGAAGGAGGCUCCAUGAUCGGACUCGGUGCCAGUGACUUUGAGUUUGGUGUGGAUCCCAGUGCCGACCCAGAGCUGGCCCUGGCUCUGCGCGUCUCGAUGGAGGAGCAGCGGCAGCGGCAGGAGGAGGAGGCCCGGAGAGCGGCCGCCGCCUCUGCGGCCGAGGCCGGCGUGCCGACGCCCAGUGCAGACGAGUCCGAAGACGCCCUGUUGAAGAUGUCCGUCUCUCAGCCGGAGAGCGGCUCGGCGGCGCUGCCAGACUUCAGCAGCAUGACCGAGGAGGAGCAGAUCGCCUACGCCAUGCAGAUGUCUCUGGCUGGGGGAGAGUACGGGGACAUGGACACGGGAGCCCCCAUGGACACGGGCGAGUCGGCAAAGGACGAAGACGACUACGAUGUGAUGCAGGACCCGGAGUUCCUCCAGAGUGUGCUGGAGAACCUGCCCGGCGUGGAUCCAAACAACGAGGCCAUCCGGAACGCCAUGGGCUCCCUCGCCUCCCAGACGGGAAACAAGCCGGACGACAAAAAGGAGGAGGAGAAGAAGAAAUGAUGGGAGGAGGAGGAGGAAGGUUUCAGACAUUGCUGAUGCUCCUGCAGGACAUGAGACCCAAAGACCUCCAGACAGUUCAGAGGCCCGGUUCUCUUUAUAGCAUCAAAUAAAAAAGUUCUGCCCUCCAUCCCCCCAUAGAUCAGUCUGUGGUUGGUAGUUCGACUCCCUCCGGUUCUGUCUGUUUUUGCAAUAAAAGCCGUGUGUCAAUCUGC